AUGAGCGGCCUACGCUUUUUGGACUUGAUCAAGCCCUUUACGCCCCUCCUGCCGGAGGUGGCAGCUCCUGAGACCAAGGUGCCCUUCAACCAAAAGUUGAUGUGGACUGGGUUGACUCUUAUGAUCUUCUUGGUCAUGAGUCAGAUGCCCCUGUACGGCAUUGUGUCCUCCGACACCUCGGACCCCCUGUACUGGCUUCGUAUGAUGCUGGCCAGUAACCGGGGUACUCUCAUGGAGUUGGGUAUCACCCCUAUCAUCUCCUCUGGCAUGGUCUUCCAGCUCCUUGCCGGUACCCACCUCAUCGACGUCAACCUUGACCUCAAGACCGACCGUGAGCUCUACCAGACCGCUCAGAAGCUCUUUGCCAUCAUCCUCUCCUUCGGCCAGGCCUGCGUCUACGUUUUGACUGGUCUCUAUGGCCAGCCCAGCGACCUGGGUGCCGGUAUUUGUGUUCUCCUCAUUGUCCAGCUGGUCGUUGCGGGUCUCGUGGUUAUCUUGCUGGAUGAGUUGCUCCAGAAGGGCUAUGGUCUUGGUAGCGGUAUCUCGCUUUUCAUCGCGACCAACAUUUGCGAGUCGAUCGUCUGGAAAGCUUUCUCGCCCACCACCAUCAACACCGGCCGUGGCCCCGAAUUCGAGGGCGCCAUCAUCGCUCUGUUCCACCUGCUCCUCACCUGGCCCGACAAGCAGCGCGCCCUGUACGAGGCCUUCUACCGCCAGAACCUGCCCAACGUCAUGAACCUGCUGGCCACUCUCCUGGUCUUCGCCGCCGUCAUCUACCUGCAGGGCUUCAGGGUCGAGAUCCCCGUCAAGUCCUCCCGUCAGCGUGGUAUGCGCGGUUCUUACCCCGUCCGUCUCUUCUACACCUCGAACAUGCCCAUCAUGCUCCAGUCCGCUCUGUGCUCCAACAUCUUCCUGAUCAGCCAGAUGCUGUACUCGCGCUUCUCGGACAACCUGCUUGUCAAGCUCCUCGGAGUCUGGGAGCCCCGUGAGGGCUCUGCCCAGCUCUACGCUGCCUCGGGUAUUGCCUACUACAUGUCGCCCCCGCUGAACUUCAAGGAGGCUCUGCUUGACCCCAUCCACACCGCCGUCUAUAUCGCUUUCAUGCUGGUUGCCUGCGCGCUCUUCUCCAAGACCUGGAUUGAGGUUUCCGGCUCUGCCCCCCGUGACGUUGCCAAGCAGCUCAAGGACCAGGGCCUGGUCAUGUCUGGUCACCGUGAGCAGAGCAUGUACAAGGAGCUCAAGCGUGUGAUCCCCACUGCUGCCGCUUUCGGUGGUGCUUGCAUUGGUGCUCUGUCCGUCGCCUCUGACCUCCUUGGUGCCUUGGGCAGCGGUACUGGUAUCCUCCUGGCUGUGACGAUCAUCUACGGAUACUUCGAAAUUGCCGCCCGCGAGGGUGACAUCGGCUCAGGCCUGAAGGGUCUCGUCCCUGGCAGCUAG